CCUAAAUUUCUAUCUCAAUACCACUAUCCCCAACACAACACAACACAAGCAGUUCUACUAAGCAGGCACUUAUAAUUCCUUGCUAAGUAAACCAACCAAAACCACAUGAAGAACAUCCCUUUGCUUCUCCUCCUCCUCACUCUCCUAGCCACGGCAGAAGCCGGCGGCGGAAAGUGGCAGCUCCUCCAACAAACCAUCGGCAUUGUCGGCAUGCACAUGCAGCUACUCCACAAUGACCGUGUCAUCAUCUUUGACCGCACCGACUUCGGUUUCUCCAACCUCUCCUUACCCAAAGGUAUGUGCCGCCACAACCUGCAAGAACUUGCGGUCAAAACAGAUUGCACUGCGCACUCUGUGGAAUACGACGUCACAUCCAACACAUUCCGCCCUCUCUUCAUCCAAACCGACGUUUGGUGCUCAUCCGGGUCAGCAUCCCCGGACGGCUCAUUGGUCCAGACCGGCGGUUUCAACGACGGAGACCGCGCAGUCCGGACCUUCAAACCAUGCCAGAACAACAAAUGUGACUGGCAUGAAGAACAGAAUCCCGGACUCGCGGUCCGAAGAUGGUACGCGACCAAUCACGUGCUGCCAGAUGGACGGCAGAUAAUAAUUGGAGGAAGGAGGCAAUUCAGCUACGAAUUCUACCCCAAAACAGAAACCACAGCAAAGAACACUUACAGUUUACCGUUUCUGGUUCAAACCAACGACCCCGGCAUUGAGAAUAAUCUCUACCCCUUCGUUUUCCUCAACGUCGACGGCAACCUCUUCAUCUUCGCCAACAACCGCGCCAUUUUAUUCAACCACGACAACGGUAAAGUCGUGAAGACUUACCCUCCCAUACCCGGUGGUGACCCGAGAUCCUACCCCAGCACCGGUUCCGCUGUUUUGCUUCCGUUGAGAAUUUCAAACCCGCAACCACAACCGCCAAAUGUGGAGGCUGAGGUUUUAAUCUGCGGCGGAGCUCCGAGAGGCUCUUUUACACAGGCACUCACCCAGGGAAAGUUCGUCGGAGCUUUGAAUACAUGUGCCCGGAUCAAGAUAACCGACCCGGAACCUAAAUGGGUCAUGGAGACAAUGCCGGGUGGUAGAGUCAUGUCCGACAUGCUGCUCCUCCCGAACGGCGAUGUUUUACUCAUCAACGGCGCAGCUUCCGGUGUCGCCGGCUGGGAACUGGGUAGAGACCCGGUUCUGAACCCGGUAAUCUACAAAACAAAUACCCGGGUCGGGUCACAAUUCGAGUUACAAAACCCGACGAAAACCCCACGGAUGUAUCAUUCCACCGCCGUUCUGCUACGUGACGGACGUGUUCUCGUCGCCGGGAGCAACCCACACGAGUAUUACAAUUUCAGCAGCGUGUUGUUCCCGACGGAGCUGAGUUUGGAGGCGUUUUCGCCUCCGUAUUUGGAGCCGCAAUACACCAACGUGCGUCCCAGAAUCGUGUCCCCUACUCCCCAGGCCCAAACCAAACUCAAGUAUGGCCAGGGGUUGAGGAUACGGUUCCAGGUGACAGCGUUGUUGGCGGCUCCAGAUUCUGUGUCUAUGACAAUGCUGGCGCCGCCUUUUAACACACACUCUUUCUCCAUGAAUCAAAGAUUGUUGGUGCUGGAGCCAAAUGGUUUGAAAGAUGUUGGAGAAUCAAUACAUGAAGUUGAGGUUACUGCACCUGGUUCAGCUACACUUGCACCACCUGGUUUCUAUCUAGUGUUCGUGGUUCAUCAGGGAAUUCCAAGUGAGGGUAUUUGGGUCCAAAUACUGUGAUUUUUAUCAGUUACUUCACUACCAUUUUUUUAACUGUUGAAAUAAGUGUGAAAAAUCAAAAUUGUUUGGUGAGAUAGUUUAUUGCAGGAAAGGAAAUGCAAAGUAUAAGAAAUAAAAGUGUGGAAAAAAUUCAAUAUUCUUAGGUUAAUUAAUGUCUGGAAUGUCAGUGAACAUAUUUGUAGAUGAGCAUUAACUUCCUUCGGGAAAAUUGAAUUCUAAUAAAGUCAUUUAUUUA